UGUCCGGCUCGAGUCUGCGCAGUAGGGCGGAUUAGAGCAGGAAAGACUUGUCAUUCCACAGGCACGAAGAGGGAUGCUUGAUUUUCUGUCCACUUGUGAGUUUUCGUGCAGCGCUUCCUUAUAGAAAACCAUGGCUGGUCCCGUGGCUUCAGAAGAGCAGAAAUUCUGUUUACAGGAGGUGCUCGACACUUUCAAGUUGUGUUUGUCGGAAAAUAAAGAAGUCUAUCUUGAACACUACGUCGCUGGGUGGCGUGGUCUUAUAAAGUUUCUGAACAGCUUGGGGAGUGUGUUUGGCUUCAUUUCCAAGGAUGCUGUCAACAAGAUUAAGAUCCUCGUCACCCACCUGGAUGGUGAGAAUGGAUCUCAGUAUGUCACUAUCCAGUCAAUGGUUAAAUAUGAGCUUGAGAAUGGACUGGUGGACCUGACGAAGAGAGGGAGCCACCCCGAGUCAGGCUGUCGUACUCUACUGAGGCUCCACCGUGCGCUGCGGUGGCUGGAGCUCUUUCUGGAGCGCCUUCGCACCAGCAAUGAGGACAGCAAGACAUCUGUCAUGUGUGCAGAGGCCUACAACGAGUCUCUCGCCCAGCACCACCCUUGGGUGAUCCGUAAGGCUGCAGGCAUGGCUUUCUGUGUGCUCCCUGGGCGUCCAGCUUUCUUCGAAGUGAUGAAUGUGGGCCCUCCGGAACAGGUUGUGGCCGUGCUUGGGGAAGCUCUACCUCUUAUCUCUGAGGUGUACCAGAUCACAGAGGAACUUUACGCUCAGCAUAACCUCCUUGACUUACCAUAAAGAGGAAUAAGUGCUAUUAUUUGCCACUUUAUACAUUACAUGGUUUAAUAUCUCCAAUUUGUCCCUGCUGAAGGGCUGUCAAGCUAGACACACUUCCCGUUUGGUGGUUAAAGUGCUGCAUGUUCUCUCUGUGUUAGGUUCAAGUAAUUAAGCAUUACUUCACUGACUAUAAUCUUUAACUACAGUGUUUAAUGUAAACCUGAUGUUUAUUAAAUGUUGCACGAUUAUCUUUACUUUUUAUAACGCACCUGUGAAUGAUCUUUUUAAUUCAGCUUUUGUUUGUUGAAAGGAAUGAAGGGAACUACACCAAAGUCUUUGCUCCAUGCUAACAUCUCUUUGUUUUCAUUAUUAAUCAAAAAAAGACAAAGUUAAUAUCGCUUCUUUGGAGAUUUAUUAAUCUGAAACUAUUCUGAGAAUCAGUUCAUCAUUAAAGUAAUUUCCCAAGCAAACAUACGAAAUAUUUGAUGUUUUAAAUGGAGGAAAUUUGCAAAUUCUGUUACCUCAUAGUAAAUUGAAUGUUUUGGGUUUUCGAUCAAUUUGAUCAUCUGCAGUCAAUAGUCAGUUGUAUGUGAACUGAUACAAUUACAAUUUUAUGUAUCAGGGAAAUGUUUGCAAAAAAAUAAUGUAAUAAUAGGGUCAUUAGGUUUGAUGUUAUGCCAUAUUUCAUUCAAAUACUAAGAUAAUUAUCCUCCUCCUUUCAGUGGACUUAGAGAUGUUGAAAUCUGUUGACCCUGCUGUACAUCAUCACAGUGCAAUUCUUUAAUUAUUGAUGUAAUAUGCUGUCAUUCUUUAUUUAAACUGACUGGUGUAGUUUUACAAGAAUGUAUUGUAAUAUACUGUAUAAUCUAUAUAUAUAUAUAUAUAUAUAUAUUAUUUAGACAGAGAAUCUGUGAAUUUGUGUUAGAUUCAAAGAUUUGUCAACAAAUUAUUGAUUCAUUUGAGAAACAUUUUGUCAAAUUUGACUGAUUUUGUUAGUUUUGUUAUGUGUUGACUAAAGUGGAUGAAUUAA